CCGCGCCUUCGCUGCGCGCGUCACUGAGGCCCCGGGCGCCGGAGGACGCGUUCUGCAGCCAGUGGGAGGGGACGCCGUGUGCUCGGGAGGAUCGGCGGCCCGGGGUCCCUGGUCGCUGGCUCCGUCCCCCGCAUCACCCGGCUCACACCUGCCCGCGUGGGGGAGCAGCGGCUGGGGGCUCUCUGAGCCGGGAGAGCCCGACAGCUCAGGAGAGUUCCUGGACUCCCCAGCCCCAGAGAGGAAUCAGAAGCCUUGCCCUGAAUCUAACCCUUCUCUUCCCAACUCUAAGCCUCCCAGACUGAGCAGCCCCUUGUGGGAACUGUUGAAGUUUUGACAAGAGAAAGAAGGAAGGAAGAGUGGCUUUUAAGCUUCUGCUUGGAAGUGGGCCUUGUGCACAUCAUGUCCAGUUUUGAAGAUGCUGACACAGAAGAGACAGUAACUUGUCUCCAGAUAACGGUUUACCAUCCUGGCCAGUUGCAAAGUGGAAUAUUUCAGUCAAUAAGGUUUUGUAAAAGAGACAAAUUCCCUUCCAGUGAAGUGGUGAAAUUUGGGCGAAAUUCCAACAUCUGUCAUUAUACUUUUCAGGACAGACAGGUUUCUCGAGUUCAGUUUUCUCUGCAGCUGUUUAAAAAAUUCAACAGCUCAGUUCUCUCCUUUGAAAUUAAAAAUGUGAGUAAAAAGGCCAAUCUGAUCAUGGACAGUAGAGAGCUGGGCUACCUAAAUAAAAUGGACCUGCCAUACAGGUGCAUGGUCAGAUUCGGAGAGUAUCAGUUUCUGAUGGAGAAGGAAGAUGGCGAUUCAUUGGAAUUUUUUGAGAUUCAAUUUAUUUUAUCUCCAAGAUCACUCUUGCAAGAAAACUACUGGCCACUGCACAGGCCCAUACCCGAGUAUGGCAUUUAUUCAUUCUCUUCCUCCCAAAGCAGUUCUCCUACAGAAAUGGAUGAAAAUGAGUAAUGAAUACAGAAGGUCUAAGAGAAGAAAUAUGAAGGAUGAAGAACUCUGUAGAUGCUCUACAGACACUGCUUAUUAAGCGUUUGUUAGGGUAGUAUGUUAUAGUCAUCUGUUAUGCUGUGAAAUUUGGAAUUUCAGUGUUAUCACUUUGAAGUCUGUAAAUUGUGUUAGUCAUUAACUUAGUCACCUGCUGUAUUCCUGGAGCUACACAAAAUUAUUUUAACCACUCAUCUGUGAGGAUUAAUAUACAAAAAGAUAUCCUUUGGGAUGAAAUAGUGUUCUCAAAAUAAGGUUAUAUUAUUUUCUUUUUCUGCUUGAUUUUCAUCUGUUUUUUGCUUUGUUUUUGUAAGGAACCGGCUCUUGGUUUGGUCACAUUAUUUCACAGCAGCCAUUUGUUUUCAAGGCCAAGGCUCCAGGCAGGUUGUUACCCGUGUUCGUAGCCUGUCAGUACUUGCAGCACCGGAGUACUGGAAUAGGUUCUAGAAUAGCGUCUGUGCAUCACUGUGGGUUUAGUAUGGGAGGACUUACUUGAGAAAUACUACCUUGCUUUUCUAUGACUUCUUUUUACAGAAUUGUAGUAUGUUUGCUCCUAAGACGACAGCUCUCUUUAUCUAUCAGCAUCUAAGACAAAUAUUUAAACAUUUUAAAGCACCACUGUGUUAUGUUUAGAAUUAUUUACUUACAAAAUUAGAAGUUUGAUUUUUAUGUUAUACGAAAUUUUAAAAUUUCACAAAUUCACCUUUGUAAUAGUAUCCAUGUACAUAAUAAAGUCAAUUUUUUUCUAGAUAAGGGAAAGAACUGUUCUUGGGCCACCUUUCAUAGAUAAAUGUAUGUGAAAAUGUUUGUAAUAAAUACUUAAAUAUUUCCAAAUGUUAA